GAUGGUGAGUCCAUGUCAUCUUGGUGUGGGUGGCAUACAGACCAUGGUUCAUUGACAGGUCUGACAUGUGCCAUGUUUAAGAGAGAUGGUGUAGAAAUAUCUUCCCCCGAUAGUGCAGCCGGCCUUUAUAUAAGAACACGGACUGAUCAAAUUGUCAAAGUUACCUAUGGAGAAGAUGAAAUAGCAUAUCAAAUAGGUGAGACCACUGAAAUACUCUCUCAAGGAUACCUCUGUGCAACGCCUCAUUGUGUUCGGGCACCAAAAGGAAAGGAUACUUCAGGUGUUGAUCGGUCAACAUUUGCAUUAUUCAUGCAACCUGAUUGGGACGAGAGGCUUAACUUUCCCGAGGAGGUUCCUAUUCAUAAAGAGGUUAUAUCCACAACUGGAUCUCUUACAUUCGGAGAGUAUUCUGAGAAGCUCCUCGACAAAUAUUACCACACAAAAGCAUAAAAAGCAGACAUUGUCCAUAGUCCAAUGCCAAAAGCAGUAAUAAUCAUUAUUUUUCCUUUGCAAUACAUACGGAAGCUGAAUAAAAUUUCAGGAAAAAACAUGCUGUAGGCUUUAUAUUUACUUAUUUAAAGAAAGAAACAGUGCUAUAUAGCUAGCUGCCUAGCUCUAUUGUAUAGUUGAUAUUUGUUGAAUUUCCUCUUGCUUGGCUAGAGAAAACAGAGAACAAUCUACAUCACGACCCAAAUCAAUAAAAGAAUACUACAGCAGCAAUGUCUCUAAUCAAUGGAAAUUAGAAACCUAACACAUUGAAAAUUUUAUAAUUCACUGCAGUCAAAAAUUGUUUCUGUUUGGAAAGCCAACUCUUGUGCAUAUGUCAUGGUGUCAAAGCUCUACCACUCAGGUAAUGGUUGGCACUCUUUUUGAUUAACGACCAGUAGAAGUAACAAGAAGAUUGACGGAAGUUCUUUUAGUUAGGUGUCUCUAGGUUGUAGGCUUUUAGACUUAUCAAUGCAUAAAUAUACUUUUUAUUA